AUGCCGCAGCAACUUGCGCCGAAGGAAGCGGCGCAGUUCCGACAAGUCAUCCGCAGUUAUGAAGACAAACAAUACAAGCGUGGGCUUAAAACAGCAGAUCUCAUUUUGAAAAAGAACCCGAAGCAUGGAGACACAAUGGCCAUGAAAGCCCUGAUCCUUAACAGCCAGAGCAAAACCGAGGAAGCAUUUGCUCUCGCCAAGGAAGCAUUGACUGCGGAUAUGAAGUCACAUAUUUGUUGGCACGUCUACGGGCUACUCUAUCGUUCGAAUAAGAAUUUCGAAGAAGCCAUCAAGGCCUAUAAGUUUGCUCUCAAGUUGGAACCAGAGUCGGCACAAAUCCAGAGGGAUCUGGCAAUUCUCCAGAUUCAAAUGCGGGAUUUCCAAGGGUAUAUUCACAGCCGCAACUCCAUGCUCCAAGCUCGGCCGCAGCUCCGCCAGAACUGGACUGCUCUUGCCAUAGCCAAUCAUCUCGCCGGCAAUCUGGCCGAGGCGGAAAAUGUCUUGACAACCUACGAAGGCACUCUCAAGGCUACGCCGUCACGUAACGAUGUCGAACAUUCAGAGGCAGUCAUGUAUAAAAACUCGUUGAUUUCUGCGCAAGGAGACUGUGGGCGUGCCCUGGAACAUUUGAAUACUGCAUGCAAGCACAAUCUGGAUCGGCUGGCCGUGAUGGAAAGCAAGGCCGAAUACUUGGCCAAACUGGGGCGGAGUGAAGAAGCCGCUACGGCUUACCGAGCGCUGCUCGAUCGAAAUCCGGAUCAUGCAGUGUACUACGAGAAGUUGGCAUCUGCUUUGAAAAUUUCCCCAAAUGGUUCAAGGGCACGAAAAGCGCUGUAUGAUGAGUAUGCGGAGAAGUUCCCCCGAUGUGAUGCGGCCAAACGAAUUCCCCUAGACUUUCUCUCCGGUGACGAGUUCAACCAAGCAGCCGAGGCCUACCUCACGCUAAUGUUGAACAAGGGCGUGCCCUCCACGUUCGCAAAUUUGAAGCAUCUGUACUCUGAUUCGGUUAAAAAGAAUGCUCUAGCUUCGCUUGCGGAAAAGUACCUCCAAUCUGAGUCUACGCUAUCAACUAGUAAGGACAAGGGAGAAGCCGCGGCACUCUACUUCUUAGCUCAGCACUAUAACUACCAUCUCAGCAGAGACUUGACCAAGGCUAUGAGCUACAUUGAAAAGGCCAUUGAAAAGGAUCCCAAGAGCGUUGAUUUUCACAUGACGAAAGCGAGAAUCCUAAAGCACAGCGGUGAGAUUCAGAGGGCUACGGAGAUGAUGGACAUAGCGCGAAAGCUCGAUCUCAAAGACCGUUAUAUCAACAGCAAGGCUGCAAAAUAUCAACUUCGAAACAAUGAAAACGAUCGAGCGCUCAAGACAGUCGGCUUGUUCACACGGGCAGACACUGCAGGGGGUCCAUUAGCAGAUCUUUUGGAUAUGCAGUGCGUCUGGUAUCUGACAGAAGACGGUGAGGCUUAUGCUAGACGAGGAAAUAUAGGCCUCGCUCUGAAACGCUUUCAUGCCGUGGCUAACAUCUUUGAUGUUUGGCAAGAGGAUCAAUUUGAUUUCCACAGCUUCUCCCUAAGAAAAGGCCAGAUUCGAGCCUAUGUUGAAAUGAUUCAAUGGGAAGACCAUAUCCGUGACCACCCCUUCUAUUCACGGGCUGCACUCGAUGCCAUCAACUUAUAUGUGGAAAUAGCAGACAAGGCGUCUACAAAUGGGGUCAAUGGAAAUGGCGGUGAAAAUGGAGACGAUGCACUGGCGAAGAAGAAGGCGGCGAAGAAGGCGAAGAAGGAACUUCAGCGCUUGGAGAGAGAGGCGGCCGAGAAGCAGGCCAAGCAGGACCCAAACAAGGGCACUCAAAGUGGUGAAGCGAAGAAGAAGGAUGAUGAUCCGUUAGGUUUGAAGCUUGCUGCUACCACAGACCCUCUCGGCGAGGCGAUGAAAUUUCUCAGUCCACUACUCCAGGCUUGCCCAAGGAGUAUCGACGCUCAGCAUGCAGGUUUCGAGGUUUAUAUCCGCCGACGAAAACUCCUCCCGGCGCUUCGAUGUCUUCAUUCUGCAUUGGCAAUUGACCCCUCGAAUCCCAGGACAAAGGAACAGUGUUCUGUAUUUGAAUAUACGUUCAAAUCCAUCGCCAAUCUACCGCAAAAGGUGUCAGAAGCCUUGACUACGGAAGUCAAGGCUCUUUGA